AUGAUAAUGUCUCUCCUAAUUGUGAGAGACUGUAUUCGUGCUUCCCAAGUCUGCAUGGCGUGGUAUAGAUCUAGUGCCUCUAUUCGGAAGAAAGAUCGACAUCUAUGGCUUAUGAAGUAUGAUCCAAUCUCCUCAACAAUCAACAUGUGCGAAAUGUAUGACCCUUCUCAUGAUAUGAUCACAUACACUAUGGAGGUUCCCGAGAUAACAAGCAAGGUGAUUUGUUACUCCAAGGAUGGUUGGUUGCUGAUGGGCAACGAGAGUUUAACUGACUUAUUGUUCUUCAAUGCAUUCACUCGUAAGCUCAUCAAUUUGCCUACUUGUGGGUAUUAUUUUGAAUGCGUUAUUUUUACUUGCGCUCCUACAUCCGAUUGCUGUUUGGUUUUCGGUUUGGCAAACUCCAAUGGAAAUCUUGUCGCAGUAAACACUUUAAGACUCGGUGAAACUGAGUGGGAGACUAGCCAGUUUUUGAGCCCUAACCCGCUUUUUGCUUGGUGCAACAAAAUUAUCUUCUCGGGAGGUCUCUUUUACUGUCUUGGCAGAUGUGGCUCGGUAGCUGCAGUUUUCAACCCAUCCGAACGAACGUGGAACACUCACCAAGUAAAAUGUGGCAAAGGUUUCACACAUUCAACUGUCGUGUCGUAUGGCACAUUUUUUGUAGAAAUUAAAGGAGAUCUGUUUUUCAUAAACACUUUGGGUGAGAAGCUUCAAGUGUUUAGGCUAAAGCGUGAUGAAGAAUGGGGUUGGGAGGAAAAGACAAGAAUUGAAGAGGGGUUUACAGUUUUCGGAAGUUCUUAUGCAUUAGAAGCUAGAUCAGACAUCCCAUGCAACCUGAGAGAUAAGAUAUUUCUAGCUGACUCUUUGGACUAUCAUCAUCCGGCAAUGCAAAACUAUGUGUUUGAAGAAGGAAAGUAUCUCCAGACUAAUCCACCUGACUCGCCCUGGGAUUUGGCCAGACACAUUUCUCAAAGCGUUUGGAUUGAACCGCCAAAACAGCUCUUGGAGUUUAUAUGA